AGGUUGUUCAUUUUUUUUUUUUUGGUUGAUAAAUUACCAAAGUCAAUUGACUCAAUUGACUCAUUUCUCUCAUCAUCUACUGCUCAAUCUUCAGAUUUCAUAUUGUCACAGCUCACUGUACUUCUCUGCAUUUUUAUCUCUCACUUUCCCGGGAAAGUGAGGUAGAAUAAGCAUGGAACCCCAAAGAAGGCCAAGAGUCUCGAGAACCAAGCAGAAGGCCGAUCUCGAAGGAGUUCUCCGCAAAUCUUGGUUCCAUUUGAGGCUGUCGGUGAGGCAUCCCUCCAGGGUUCCCACCUGGGAUGCCAUCGUUCUCACAGCGGCUAGCCCCGAGCAAGCUGAGCUCUAUGAGUGGCAGCUCAAGCGUGCCAAGCGAAUGGGCCGCAUCGCCGCCUCCACUGUUACAAUUGCCGUCCCUGAUCCGCUUGGCCAGAGGAUUGGCUCCGGUGCCGCUACUCUUAACGCCGUUCACGCACUCGCGAGGCAUUAUCAGAAGUUGGGUCUUGGCCCCAGCUCAGAGGAGAGUUCCGAAGAUGAAGUAUUUCACCCAUCAAUGGUUAGCUUCAUUGCGAAAAGGCAUGUGCUUUUGCUUCAUGCUGGAGGUGACUCUAAAAGAGUCCCCUGGGCAAACCCUAUGGGAAAAGUGUUCCUUCCACUUCCCUAUCUAGCGGCAGAUGACCCUGAUGGGCCAGUUCCUCUGCUUUUAGAACACAUACUUGCAAUUGCUUCUUGUGCAAGACAAGCUUUUAAAAAUGAAGGUGGAAUAUUUAUCAUGACUGGAGAUGUUCUCCCAUGUUUUGAUGCCUCCACGCUGAUUCUUCCAGAGGACACAUCCUGCAUCAUCACAGUUCCAAUCACCCUGGACAUUGCUUCUAAUCACGGUGUUGUUGUCGCAUCUAAGAGUGGAAGUGUUGAAAGAAGUUAUAUGAUCAGCCCAGUUGAUAAUCUCUUACAAAAACCAAGUUUAGAGGAACUUGUCAAGAAUAAAGCAAUCUUAGAUGAUGGUAGAACACUUCUUGAUACUGGAGUAAUAGCAGUUAGAGGUAAAGGGUGGCUGGAGCUUGUUAAGCUUGCACUGUCAUGCCAGUCAUUGAUUGAAGAGCUGAUGAAGAGCAGAAAAGAGAUGAGUUUGUAUGAAGAUAUGGUAGCAGCUUGGGUACCUGCAAAACAUGAGUGGUUGCAGCUACGCCCUUUGGGUGAAGAACUGGUCAACAGAUUAGGAAAACAGAAGAUGUUCAGCUACUGUGCUUACGAUCUGUUGUUUUUACACUAUGGAACCUCAAGUGAAGUUUUAGAUCACUUAAGUGGGAGUGGUUCAGGACUGGUAGGUCGAAGACACUUGUGUUCUAUCCCAGCAACCAACGUAUCUGACAUUGCAGCUUCUGCUGUUAUUCUUUCUAGCAAAAUUGCACCGGGUGUCUCAGUUGGGGAUGACUCUCUUGUAUAUGAUUCAUCCAUUUCAAGUGGAGUACAAAUUGGUUCUUUGUCCAUAGUUGUCAGUAUUAAUGUCCCAAAAUUGAAUGGGACAUCUGAAAAUCCAUUUAAGUUCAUGCUUCCUGAUCGCCAUUGCCUUUGGGAGGCUCCAUUAUUAGGAUACACUGAAAGAGUCAUAGUAUAUUGCGGUCUACAUGAUAACCCAAAAGAAUCAAUAUCCAAGGGGGGAACAUUUUGUGGGAAACCCUGGAAGAAGUUCUUGCAUGAUUUAGGAAUUGAAGAAAGUGAUCUAUGGAGCUCAAGUGGCAUUGUAGAAAAGUGCUUAUGGAAUGCAAAAAUAUUCCCUGUUUGCUCUUAUUUUGAGAUGCUUGAUCUGGCUUCGUGGUUGAUGGGCUUGAGUGAGAAAAAAAAUGAGCAUUUUGUUGUACCAUGGAGAAGUUAUCCUCGUGUUAGUUUGGAGGAAUUGCAUAGAUCAAUUGAUUUUCCAAAAAUGUGUUUAGGCUCCAGUAAUCAUCAAGCAGAACUUGCAGCUGGGAUUGCUAAAGCUUGUAUUAACUAUGGCAUGGUUGGCCGCAACUUGUCUCAAUUGUGUGAAGAAAUUCUUCAGAAAGAAGUUUCAGGAGUGGAAACAUGCAAGGACUUCCUAGACUUGUGCCCUAAGCUUCUGGAGCAGAAUGCUAAGAUACUUCCAAAAAGCCGAGCAUACCAGGUGCAGGUUGAUCUUCUUCGAGCAUGCAGUGACGAAUCAACAGCAUCUAAGUUGGAGCACAAAGUUUGGGCUGCUGUUGUUGAUGAAACAGCUUCAGCAGUGAGAUAUGAUUUUAAAGAUCAUCUAUUGGAGGCCCCCAAUAGCAACUCUUCUCCUGCAUCAAGUGAUAAUAAUGGUAACGAGGGGAAUCAAUCUUUUCACCCAAGAAGUGUAAAGGUUGAACUACCAGUUCGAGUAGAUUUUGUUGGGGGUUGGAGUGAUACUCCUCCAUGGAGUUUGGAGCGUGCUGGCUGUGUUCUAAAUAUGGCAAUAAGUCUUGAAGGUUCUCUUCCAAUUGGUGUCAACAUAGAGACGACAAAAGUAACUGGUGUCUUUAUCAGUGAUGAUGCUGGAAACGGAUUGCUUAUUGAAGAUCUUACCUCAGUUACUACUCCAUUCAGCGUCAACGAUCCUUUCCGGCUGGUCAAAUCAGCAUUACUAGUAACUGGAAUUAUCCAUGAUAAUUUUCUUGUAUCCAUGGGCUUGCGAAUCAGGACAUGGGCAAACGUACCUCGUGGCAGUGGUUUGGGGACAUCAAGCAUCUUAGCAGCUGCUGUGGUUAAAGGACUUAUCCAGAUUACUGAUGGAGAUGCAAGUAACGAAAACGUUGCAAGACUUGUUUUGGUAUUAGAGCAGCUUAUGGGAACAGGUGGUGGAUGGCAAGACCAAAUUGGAGGUUUAUACCCUGGUAUUAAGUUUACUGCAAGUUUCCCUGGAGUUCCACUGCGGCUGCAAGUCAUUCCUCUGUUGGCUUCUCCUCAUUUAGUUUUAGAAUUGCAGCAAAGAUUGCUAGUUGUGUUUACCGGCCAAGUUCGUCUUGCACACCAUGUCCUCCAUAAGGUGGUAAUCCGGUACCUUCGUCGAGAUAACCUUCUUGUAUCUAGCAUCAAGCGCCUUGCUGAACUCGCAAAGAUUGGAAGGGAAGCUCUGAUGAACUGUGAUUUAGAUGACCUCGGGGAGAUAAUGCUAGAGGCUUGGAGGUUGCAUCAGGAACUUGAUCCUUACUGCAGUAAUGAAUUUGUGGAUAGACUCUUUGAAUUUGCUCACCCUUUUUGCUGUGGCUACAAGCUAGUAGGUGCUGGUGGUGGAGGCUUUGCCUUGUUACUUGCAAAGGAUGCUGAGAAUGCAACAGAACUCAAACGUUUACUAGAAGAAGAUUCAAAAUUUGAUGUCAAAGUCUACAAAUGGAAUAUCUUCUUAGCUUAAUUAGUUUGUGUAGAUGUCGAAAGAAGGCAUUAUUAUUCUUUAAAUUGAUUCUUAUACAUUCUUCACAAUAAUUUACUAUUGUACAAAUUUGUAGCAUAUGAUAAAAGAGAGAACAGAAUGUGUGUAUUAGUUAUCUCCUCUCCUUAAUAUUGAAAGUCUCAAAUUGAGACUGUUUGUUUGCAAUAUUUCAAUGUUUAGAGAAUUGUAGCUUUGUUUUUA